GUAUUGAAACAGCCGCGCACCUGUAUCCACAAUACAAUUUUCACCGGAAGAUAACGUCGAUAUCACUCGCCGGCUCGCUAAGAAGCUUUCUAAUGUCCGAAGUGUCGAUACGAGCGCUCGGAAACUCUUUGCCAAAUCGGUAAUGUCGAGACGAAUUCAAGCCGACGAUCUGCGAAGCGAAGAAAUCGAGUCGGCUGCCAAAUUCCAGUUGAUCUGGGAUUCUCCGGGUGUCAGUCUAGAACCACUAUUGGUUCACCAAUUGGAAAGCAUACAAAAUUAUUUCGCCGAUACAGAUGAAGUCGACCUCGAUGCGAGCGUGCUGAUAGAUGCCGAUUUUCAAGCUACUAGUGUGCCCUGUCAGUCUUUUAUCGGUUUUGUUCUGGAUCGGAUGGCGAAACCUGCGACGAGGUUCGCCGAUCGUCGAGCGUUGAUGGAGAGCACUUUGUCGCAAUACUGCAAUAGAGUCACCGGGUGCAAUGGUGUACGAAUCGUGAAACCGAUUUCGAAGAAAUUAUUCAACGUUUCAUGUCCAAUCGUUGACUCGCUUUCUGUUUGAAGAUUGCAAAAUUAUCUGUAAAUGCACACACGAGUCAGCAUGAUUCGGAAAAACGCAACAAUUGAUUGAAUUGCUGAAAAGUGUGUAUUUAUGACUAAAUUCAUCUUACUUAUAUUCUCGUUGACAAUUUCACGCGCAACGAUGGGCCAAAAUCCGACCAGUUUUGCAUAACCAUAACCAACAAAAAAUUAAGUUUAAGAAUAUAAUAAUAAACAAACUUGACAAAAGUGAAAAAUUAUUCAAAAAUAAAAAAAAUAUGGCAAGAUUUCGUAGAAGAUCAAUCAGCAGUGGCUACCUAGUCAGUGACGAUUUAACGAAAUAUAGAUAAAGCCAUCACUACCUUUGACGUUAUACGGAUAAUCAAUUGCAAAUCGAUGGCGAGGAACGAUCGACCGAGCGCUUGGCGCAGUUUCUCUGUACCAGCAGAAGUGGAAAGGGAUCUGAAGCUGAUGAGCUCGAUCCUUGGAAUCGAGCACUACACGCUCAUCAUGCUCGGAGCGAUAACACAAGGACUACCCGAUGCUCCACGCGCCCUGGCUACUGAUGCAGUCCUGCAUGAUCGGAUUGGAGCUUUUGGUGUUCCUGGUGAGGCUGUUCCUGGAAGGACUGCACUUGUCACGUGACCAGAUUCUCAUAUCGAUCCUGAGCCUGCACAACUGGUUGCAGGUUUUCUGCCUGUUUCAGAGACAGACGAGCCGCCGAUCGGGCGCUCAUCCUUUUUGAACGAUGAGUAAAAAUUAAGAUUUUGUUGUAAAACUGGAAGUUUAUAAAUUGAUAUAACGACAUAUUCGUGUGACGAUCAGAGAUUAUGUCAUAGGAUAUGAGCUUUUGAUAAUUAUGAUCGACCGAUGAGUGCGCAGAGCAAAAACGUUAUCUGCACAAAAGUGAGCCCACUAAAAGCCAGUCAUAAGUAGCAAAUAAACGGAUUAAAAAAAAACAACAAAAAAACUCGUAAAGUCGAGAACCAUUAAUACGUAUCGCGCGGUAAAUUCACGUCUAACUAUAUAUACUGUCACGAAGUUAAAUUCGUAGAGAACCACGAUAAUCCUCCAUCGAUUAAUAAAGACAAGCAUACGUCAUGGUCUAUACACCACAUAGCAUAUAGACUAUGCGCAGAGGCUAACUGCGCGCAGCUGACUCUCGGGGAAAUCGAUCCUGGGCAGCUGAUGUCUGAUGAUGGGACUCGCGCCAAUACUGCCUCUAUAUAUAUAUCUAGCGAGUCGUGCGCAAAGCUGAGACUCCCGCGCGAAUCAGUAGCACCUGAGACUCGCGCCUGGUAGGGUCUGUGGACUGCCGCAUUCCUCGGCUAAUUGCGUGUCUAGAUAAAAAGGAAGAUCGAAGAUGAAGACAGUCUGGAUAAUCGGUGGGCCAGGUUGCGGCAAAGGUACCCAGUGCGACAGGAUCAUCAAGAAUUAUGGAUUCGUGCAUCUCAGCAGCGGUGAUCUUCUGCGAGAUGAGGUGGCCAGCGGCAGUCCUCGUGGCGCCGAGCUUCAGGAGCUCAUGUCGAAGGGACUGUUCGUGCCGACGGACGUCGUGCUGUCGCUGAUCAAGGAGAGGAUCGAGAAAGCCAAGGCUGAGAAUCCGGAUACCAAGGGUGUGCUCAUCGACGGUUAUCCCAGGGAGCUCGAGCAGGGAUUGCAGUUCGAGAAGGAUGUAUGCCCAGUGGAUCUGAUAAUUUUCUUCGACGUCAAGAACGAGACGUUGAUCAGCCGGCUACUGGGACGUGCUGCCGCAGCAGCAGUCAAACGCGCCGACGACAACGAGGAGACCAUCAAGAAGAGGAUCGAGAUUUUCAACGAGAAAAACGGCAAGAUCGUCGAGCACUACAAGGACAAGUGUCUCAGGAUCAACGCCGAAGGCGCCGUAGACGCGAUAUUCGACCAGGUCAGCCAGGCCCUCGACAAGCUUCUGGCCUCGUAGACACGACACUGUACAUCUGAAUCCACGCAUAGCCUAAUAACAACUCUCAUCGCUUCAGCUACUUUGAAAUUAUAGAGCCAAUUAUUACGCUUAUUGUCAACGUGUACAUAUACAUACAUGCAUAAGUAUAUAAUGUAAUAUUUUCGUAAAAAAAUUCAUGCGCAAACGGGAGAGUCAAUCAAGUACAAACUACAUACGAUUAAUUUAUCGACGAACAACGUGCAUUACCGCACACGUCAUGGCACAUGACGGACAGUUGACCGAUUGAAUCGCAACUGCACAAUAAAACUGAAUUCAAAAGUA